GGGGGGCUGGGAGCGGGGAUGGGGGCAGGGAGCGGGGAGCCCGGUCGCCUGGGGUCUCUGGAUACUACAGGGCUGCGAGCAGGCGAGCCUGGUUGCCCGGGUUUACGCUCCUGCCCCGCACUAACUGUGCUCCCCCCCACUGUGCCAGCAGGCAGUGGCGAUGGGGGUGGGGGCUCCCCCGGCCCCCCUGGGCUUCAGCCUCGGCCUCCUCCUCCUCCUGGGCUUGGCCAGAGCAGGGGGUGCCUACAAGCCGGUCAUCGUGGUGCAUGGCCUCUUCGACAGCCCGGCCGACUUCCAGCACCUGCUGGGCUUCAUCAACGAGACACACCCAGGCACCAACGUGACAGUGGUUGACCUGUUUGACCGCAGCGAGAGCCUCCGGCCGCUCUGGCUCCAGGUCGAAGGUUUCCGCCAUGCCAUCGCCCCCAUCAUGGCCAACGCAGCUGACGGCGUCCACCUGCUCUGCUACUCCCAAGGGGGCCUCAUCUGCCGGGCGCUGCUGUGCACAAUGCCAGAGCACAACGUGGACACCUUCAUCUCCCUCUCGGCCCCACAGAUGGGGCAGUAUGGUGACACUGUCUACCUGAAGUGGUUGUUCCCCCAGCACAUGAAGACCAACAUCUACCGCAUCUGCUACACACAGCUGGGCCAGGAUGUCUCCAUCUGCAACUACUGGAACGCCCCUCACUCUCAACCUGCAGCCCCCCUGGCCCCCUGGCUGGGGCUCCAAGAGGGGGAUGCCCUUCCUGCCCUCCUGUAAUUGCUCCCUUCCCCUGGCAUCUCCUCAGCCUGGAAGAGGAACCUGCUGCGGAUCCAGAACAUGGUUCUCAUCGGGGGGCCCGAUGACGGUGUCAUCACGCCCUGGCAGUCCAGCCUCUUCGCCUUCUACGACACUAAUGAGACGGUGACAGACAUGCGGGCACAGCCGGUCUACCUGCGUGAUGCCUUUGGGCUGAAGACCCUGGACGGGCGCAGCAGCAUCCAUACUUGCCUAGUGCCUGGCAUGGGCCAUGUGGCCUGGCACAACUCCCGGCGCGUCUACAGCACCUGCAUCCAGCCCUGGCUCACGUAGCCCUGCCCGGACGCCUGGGUCCUCCAGCAGGGGAGGGGGCUGGCAGCCCGGAUGCCUGGGUUCUCCAGGAGGGGAGCGAGGCCUGGAGACAAGGACUCCUGGGUUCUCUGGGACAGGACGGGGGGCUCGGGGUGAGAACAGGGAGGGCUAGGAGUCCAGACGACUGGGUUCUCAGCCAUGUUGACAGUGGGGGUGGGGGGCUGGGGCUGGCUUGUGGGGGCUGUGGCUUGUGGGGGGCUUUAAGGGGGCAACUGGAGCUUGGACCCCCCCCAGUAUUAACCCUUCCCUGUCCAAUAUCCCCCCUCCCUAUUCCAUGCACACACUCAGGGAUUUGGGGGGGCCUUUCCUUGACCCCCCCAAAAUGGAGCCCCCAUUGGCUCAGGGGUGGGGGGGAGCCAUAGCCGUACCCCCCAGGACAAGGCUGGGGGUGUACAGCUGGGUUGGGGGUACAAGGGGCCCCACCCCCCAGUCCCACACUCUGGGGGUCCCAGCCCCCACAGGCAGGGGAGGUGCCAGGCAGCUUGGGGAGGCACCUGGGCUCUUUGGGGGUUUAGCUUUGCAGGUGGGGGGAGCCUGGCUGGACAUGGGGGGCUCCUGGGAGUCCCUGGCUUCUUUGGGGUACUAUAGUUGACAGGAGCUGCAGAGGCUCUGCUGCUUUGGGGAGUCAUGGUCACAUGAUUUCAGGGUUCAGGGCUGGAUUUGGGGUGACUCGGGGUCAGUCCUGGGAGGCCUUGGCAGAUGCGGGGGACAGUAUUUGGGGGUUCGAUCCCCCAGCAUGAGUAUUGAGGUUCCCCUUACUGUUUACAUGCCCCGCAAGGCAUAACUGCCCCUCCCCCAAUUUGGGGGUGCAGUGUUAUUUUAGGGGGGCUCAGUGUUACCUCUCCCCACCCCAACAUGCGCUGUAUUUAUAGAAUAAAGUGAUUUAUUCCCUAAUUGCCGGCAUCUGCAUGUCCUUC